CGGUCAGAGGAAAGCGUGGGGCAGGAGCUGCGGGUGGAUACGUGGAAAGGGGGUGCCUGGCUGCGGGGACCCGGCCCCGUCCCUUCCCGGGCGGCGGGAUGCUGCGGCAGCGUUGCGGGCGGCUCCUGGCCCAGCUGGAGCAGGGGCUGCAGCUCCUGGAGCUCGGCGGCAGCGUGGAGGAAGACUACAUCCGGAUCGCUCGGUGCUUUGAGGCGACGCGCCAGAGAUGCUGCCGGCUGGAGCAGGAUGGGCGUCGUGCCCGCGAGCAGCUGGCCCGUGUGGAGGCCGAGCGGGCAGCCCUGGAGGUGAAACUCAAGCACGCCCGAAACCAAGUGGAGGUGGAGAUGAAGAAGCGGCACCGGGCAGAGGCUGAGCUGGAGAAGCAGGAGCGAAAACUUCAGCUGGUCCUUGAGUUGCUGAUGCGGGAACCAUGGGGCAACGAGGCACUGAGCAGAGAGCAGUGCUCUGUUCUCAGUGCCCUGGCUGGCCGGCGCCUUGGGGCAGCCUUGGCACCCAACAGGAGGUCAUCUGCAGUGGACGAGUCGUGUCAGUCCCUCCUGUCCCACUCAGAUAUCAGCUAUGACCGCACUGAGGAUGAUGUGGAUGUUGAUAUGACGGUGGUGCGGACCCUGAAGCGCAAAGCUCCGGACAGGCAGCGUGUGUCCCUGGCCCCUCAGGUUGGCCCUGUGGUGAUGGCAAAGCGGCACCGUUCUUCUGUGGUACCCCAUAAUGCUAUGAGUGUCCCCUCUAUGCCCCCUCCUACUGAGGUCCCAGGCCCUGCUGACAGCCUCCCACCUGCCGUUCUGGUGCCUCAACGCCGCUCUCGCCAGGGACAUCGUGUCUCCACACAUGCAGGUCUCCCUCCACGGCCUCCUCCCUCUGCAGAGCUGACCAUGGUUUGGGGCACCAGUGAAAAUCUGGGCUGCCCUGCUGUGGGGCAGGAGAGCCACACUGAGGGCAGCUCAGUGGGACAGCCAGCACCAGCCCCCCUCCCCUCACCUCCACAGAGUCUCCCACCAGUCCAGCACAAGUUCACCUCCAAAACGGUGAUCCGCCCUGAACCAUGUCGUGUCUGUGGUUCCCGCAUCCGCUUUGGGAAGACUGCCACCAAGUGCUGCCAGUGCCAGCUGCUGCUACACACCAAGUGUCGGGAGCAGUGCCCCAGCCUCUGCACACCCAGGCCUCAUCACCACGCCUGGCCCCGUGAGGGCAUGCUGGCUGACUUCGCGCCAUCCACGCCGCCCCUGGUGCCCGCACUGGUGGUGCAGUGCGUGACUGAGGUGGAGACACGAGGCUUGACAGAGACAGGGCUGUACCGGGUGCCAGGCGCGGAGCAGCUGGUACGGGAGUGGAAGCGGAAGCUGCUGCGGGCUGGGGGCACGCUGCCUGCCCUCAGCAGUGUGACUGACAUCCAUGUGGUGUGUGGGGUGCUCAAGGAUUUUCUGCGGGGACUCAAGGAACCACUGGUCACCUUCAGCCUCCACCCUGCCUUCCUGAGGGCUGCUGACAUCCCUGAUGAUGCUGCUAGUAACACAGCCCUGUGCCAUGUGGUGAGCAAGCUGCCCCCAGCCAACAGGGAUACCCUGGCCUUCCUCAUGCUGCACCUGCUCCGGGUGUCACACAGCCCUGACUGCAAGAUGGAUGUGCUCAACCUGUCCCGUGUGUUUGGCCCUACGCUGGUGGGACACAGCACAGCCAACCCCACACCGCUCGCCAUCAUGGAGGACACGCCUCGGCAGUGCAAGGUGGUGGCUCGUCUCCUUUCACUGCCACCCAGCUUCUGGAGAGGCUUUGUGGAGACAGAGCAGGAGAACCUGGUGCCAAUGCCAGCCCUGGGACGUGAAUGUGAACCGUUCUUCCAGCCCAUUGCCUCUCCGGAGCCCAAGCAAGGCCAGCUGAGCCCAGCUGGUACCUGCUGCCUCCCCAGCACCCUGAGGAGCUGCGUGGGCACGGCCACCCGGCCCCCGCAGGGGCCAACCCCGAGGAAGGUGGGCCGGUUCUUCCCUUCUCCUGUGUAGCCUGCAGCAGUGGCUCCCUCGGGACAUGGAGCUGGCACUGGAGGAGGAGCAAAGACUGCAGGACCAGGCAGCUGCCUGUGGGGUGACAGUGCCGACCUCAAAGCUCUGCUCUGCUUCCCUGGGGUGCCUCCCUGGGGACAGGGGAGCAGAGCUGGCUCUGUCCAGCUGUGGUGACAGGGACACUACACUAGUGCUUUUACUUUGAAUCAGGUUUGUAUUAAAUGUUUGCAGC